AUGAGGAGUAAGUCGAAAACAAAGCUCGACACUUCAACGGCCAUUCAUUGGGCUCUCAUCUUGAGAGCAAACAUAUUGGGCAAAGAUAAACAGGAGAAGGUGAAUUCUAUAGUUGUGUUAGCGAAGUUGUUGGACUGUGUCAAUGGAACAGAUGCAGUGUCCGAUGAAUUUUCACAAGUCUUGGACCAUACCUUGUUCCAAACAUUGUACUCCAUAGUAUCUGCUAAUAUGUCGACGGAGACUUAUAAGGCGAUUCUAAAGAUAUCUGUGAUGUUGAUCUCCGGUUCUAUCUUCAUCACUAAGGAGGACUCGAUAACCAAAUACUUACCCUUGUAUGAGACUUUACUUGAGUUUCUUGAUAUCAUUGAUAUUAUGACUGAAAAAUUAUAUCUACAAGAUUCCAAGAUCGUCUACAACUCCAUUAAAUUGGUCAGUGAUUUGAUCAACAAAGCCCUUUUGUUCAACUACCAUGGUAUCAUCACCUUAGCAGGAAGAUUGAAGCAUGUGACCUUUUUCUCGACAGUUGAUAGUUUAUUACUGGACAAUGAAGACUCGGCUAAUGGCGGAGUUGCUGCUAAUGAUAAAUCCAUAUCUGAUGUUGUGGGCAACUUGAAAUCUUCAUACUAUGAACUUAAUGAAUGGUUAAAUACAAUCUCAUUUGAUUUGUCGUUAGUUCCUCAUCAAAUUAUGUUAAAUAAUUUGUUCAUAUUCUUAGAAGUUUCCUUGAAUGAGUUUGCUACUCCUGCCUCAACUGAAGAGUAUGUCAAGGCUGGAUUUACGGAAGAUCCAAGACAAUUUGUAGUCGAAAACUUGUCUGUUUUGUUGGCUAUGGAUUUGAAAAUCUUCCUUAAGGAUCCCAAUAUGACAUUUAAAAAACGUUUCCAUGAAGAAUUGAUGAUCAGCGAUCAUAGUCGAACAUUCCCCAUCUAUGCUUUGAUAGAAAAAGUCACUUACUUGUGGUUGAAGGUUUUCGAAAACAAUUAUUCAUAUCCAAACAUUUGUUCUCGUGUGUUAUGUUGGGAAGUGUUUAUCUAUUUCUCUAUGAACCUCUGUUUGAUUUUCUGGCAGGAUUCAGGGGCUUUGUUGGAAAAUGAGACUGAUGUUGAUAAGAUUAUAGACUUAAUGGAGGCCAUAAUAGAGUUAUUGGAAGAAAAGUUAAGUACAGAAGCUGCUGCUUUGGGUGAUGUGGUCAAGGUAGAUCUUGAGGAGAUCUUAGACUCCAUAACAAAUCAAACUUCAGACGAAUUGAGACAAUAUCAAGUGCAAAGAAUAAGAAAAACUAGACAUGAUUUAUGGGCUCCAAGAUUGGUUGAAUUUAAUAGAGAUUUGAAUACUGAAACCUUCAAUUUUGUUGCUGAACAAAGAUUAAUUCAAUUGUUGAAAGGUUCAUGGGUUUUCACAGAACAUCAUGGUGAGUUGCUUGCAACAGACUCCAAGAGUAGCAUGGUACAUGCUGCUGCUGGGUUGAACUCCAAUGGAUCUACUUCCAAAUACAAGUACUACUUUGUGAUGCUUUCUCCUAACAGACAGUCUAUUUAUUAUAAGGAAUACACCGAGAAGUCAACUGCAACUCCAUCAUACGAAGUCAUGGAACAACAAUCUAUACGAGUUGCUGAUAUAGCAGACUUCAAGUCAAAGACAGUUGGCUCUGGAUCUCAAGAUGAAGAUGACAAAAAACCAGAUCGGUUGAUUACAGUUAAGGGUUCAAUUUCAUAUGAGAAGAUUUCCUUAGUUAGCUCAACCGGUAAGCUGUUACUUACAUUUUACACCGACACCGAAGUGAAAAAAUAUGUUUGGUUGGAUGGCUUGAAGAUGUUGAAAGCCAUGACUAUGGAAGGUCAAUUAUCAAGGGACACAGAAGCUCAAUUGACCACUCUUUCCACCAUUAGAACCAACACUCAAUUGUUAAACUUGGAAAAGCCUGUUUUGAUAGAACAUUGUAUGGCAGAACUAGAGGAUAUUGAAAACGGCGAACAACUUCUCAAUGAAGAUGAUGAUGACUUGUAUGAAUUAGAUGAGUUGGAAAGAAUUUCGGAGGACUUUUAUUAUAGUUAA